AUGAGUAGACAAGUGGGUGACCUGAGCCCAUCCCAGGAGAAGUCACUGGCUCAGUUUCAGGUCAAUGUCCAGGAUGUGCUAUCUGCCUUGCCCAAUGCUGAUGACUCCUUCCUCCUGCACUGGCUCCGAGCUCAGAGCUUUGACCUGAAAAAAUCAGAGGACAUGCUGCGGAAGCACAUGGAGUUCCGGAAGCAACAGGACCUGGACAACAUCCUUGCAUGGCAGCCUCCUGAGGUGGUCAAGAUAUAGGGCGCUAAUAGCAUCUGUGGCCAUGACCGUGAGGGUGGCCCUCUCUGGUACCACAUCGCAGCAGGCCUGGACGUCAAGGGCCUCUUCCUCUCCGCCACCAAACAGGAUCUGCUCAGGGACAAAUUCCAGAACUGUGAGCUGCUCCUGCACCAAUGUGAACUGCAGACUCAGAAGUUGGGAAAGAAGGUGGAGAAAAUCACAGCCAUUGUUGAUUUGGAGGGGCUGAGCCUGCGGCAUUUGUGGAAGCCAGGAGUGGAGUUUGCUCAGGAAUUUCUCUCUGCACUCGAGGCAAAUUACCCUGAGAUUUUAAAGCAUAUAAUUAUUGUGAGACCCCCCAGCCUGUUUGCCGUGGCCUUCAACCUGAUUAAGUCCUACAUGAGUAAGGAGACAUGCAGGAAGGUGGUGAUUCUGGGAGACAACUGGAAGCAGGAGCUGUCAAAGUUCAUCAGCCCCGACCAGCUGCCUGUGGAGUUUGGGGGGACUCUGACUGACCCUGAUGGCAACCCCAAGUGCAUAACUAAGAUCAACUACGGGGGUGAGGUGCCCAAGAGCUACCACCUGUGCAAGCAGGUGAGGAUGCAGUAUGAGCACACAGUGACCAUGGGCCGUGGCUCCUCCCAGCAUGUGGAAAAUGAGAUCCUGUUCCCAGGCUGUGUGCUCAGGUGGCAAUUUGCAUCGGAUGGUGGAGACAUUGGCUUUGGGGUUUUCCUGAAGACCAAGAUGGGGGAGCGGCAGAGGGCUGGGGAGAUGACAGAGGUGCUGCCCAGCCAGCGCUACAAUGCCCACCUGGUACCUGAGGAUGGGAGGCUCACCUGCCUCAAGACUGGUGUCUAUGUCUUAAGGUUCGACAACACCUACAGCCUGGUUCAUUCUAAACACAUCAGCUACACCGUGGAAGUGCUACUCCCAGACCAAACCUUCAUGGAAAAGGUGGAGAAAUUCUAG